AUGAUGAUCGCUGUACAAGGGCGUCGAUUUCGAUUAAGCGCCUGGUUUCCCGCCGGUGUGCGGUGGGUAUCCGCCAAGUCGGCUUCCAAGCUGGCACAGGAGCCAAUGGGGUACGCCUAUUUCUCCAAGGCGUUUGCUAAAGAGAUCAAUUUGUUUCGAGCCUACUGUGAGAAGGACAAGACGGGCAAUCUGGAAACAUUCAAGCGUUUGACUCGGUACAAACAGAAGGCUGCCAAUAAGGAGCGACUUUCGCUAUUUGUGGCCACGUUAAAGCGCAACACCGAUCUUUACCAGCACCUGGUGUCCAAGAUCACAAGCAUCCCGGAGAUCAAGGAGGAGAAACAGCCAGAGGUCCAAUCUGCGGAACCGUUCACUAUCGGCUCGUUACUGACUCAGCAGGAACAUGAAUCCACGGCAAAAGCUCCAAAACCAGCAACAACCAAGAAAUCCACAGAAACGUUCAAGGAUCUUUUGGGAUCGAUCAAUAAAAUCCAGAAAGUCAACCAGUUGCAUCGCGAUCUUCCCAAAAUGACAAACUUCACGCCGAUGCCCACUAUCAGGUCGUUUGAGAUUGAAGCGGUGGCUAACGAUACCUCCCCAGAAGACUUGGAGUCGUUUCUCCAAGAGGCCAAGCAUAGAAACGACGUUUCGCAGGACCAGCUGUUCAAGAGCGAGUUGAAUUACGAAUGGAUGAAGCAGCAGUUUUCCAAAGAGCCACGCACUCUGGAGACAGGAAAUUUCUUCACUCCCGUGCUUCUGCCCAACACGUUUGUUCCGAGCAGCUUGUUCUCCAACCAAAAGUCCACCAUCGAUCUGUUUCCAUCGAUGGUUUCUAGAAAACAGGCACCAAAGGGAUACGACUACGUUGUUCUUCAUGAGGAUGGGUCUCUCCAGCACAUGAACCGGUACAACCCGGAAACGACAGGGAAACGCAACGUUUCCAAGUUGAUGGCCCAACUGCGGUCGCCUGAUGCAUACAUUAAACAUAUAAACAAGCUGAUCAGCCAGCAUUGGCAGCUAUUUGACGGAGACUCGAACAAACUAGUUUUUUACAGAAAGAAAACCUUCCGGUUCCUCAAAUGGGCCAGAAACAUGUUGGCUGUGAUUGGGUUUGGGUUUGUCUCCAUCUUCGGCCUGAGCUAUUUCGUCGACUCUGACGAGCUCCAACUGCUUAAAGAAACAAAGGACCAACUACAGGCGCUAAAGUCUGCGCCAGUUUCGUCAUAA